AUGUCUAAUCAUUUAAAUGACUUUAAUUAUUUAAUUGUAGCCAAAUUCUUUGAAUCUAUUCAAGAUUUUGUUAAUUUAGAAUCUGUUUGUAAGAAGUUUAAAAGUAUGAUGGAGAAAUUUAAAUACAAUCCAAUACCUUUGACUUUAACAACAAAGAGGUACUUUCCCAAUAUAGAAAUUCUUAAUGUCUAUGAAAAAGAUGAUGAGACUUUUGGUAAUGAAAUUGUUCACAAAGAAGCAACAGAAAACAAUAAUUGUGGAGACUCAGAUGAAUGUUGUCACAACUACAACGACUCAGAUGAUGAAGAUAAUAAAGAAAAACAACAAGAAGAAAACAAAGAAGAACCGACAACACCAAAAAUCGUUUUUAAAGCCGUGAACGUCUGGUUUGGAGUGACUUACAGCACUUUUAAAAACAAUGAUAAUCCGACAAUUCAUUAUAAAUAUAUCACUUACACCAAAGACGAUCAAGAGAAAUAUGGAAAUGAAGUCCCACAAGAAGUCGUUUCUCUUGGAGAUGAUUGUUUUGGUAGUAAUAAAGACAUCAAGACUUUUCAAGUAACACAAGGGAUGACUUCACUUGGCUAUUAUGGGUUUAGAGGAUGUGACAAUUUAAGUCAGAUUGUGUUCACAAAUAGAGUCAAAAUGAUUGAAGGAAUGUGUUUCCAAGAUUGCUGUAAAUUGGAGCAAAUCAAGCUCCCCAAAGGUCUUCAAUACUUAGGACCACUGUGCUUUGAGAAAUGCAACAACUUGAAAGAAAUAGAAAUUCCAGAUACUGUGACUUAUAUUGGUGUUGAUUGUUUUGGCAGUUGUAUUAAUUUGACACGUGUUAAAUUGCCAGAAAAUGUGUCGAUUCUGCCAGAACUUUGCUUCCAUGAAUGUAUAAAAAUGACUGGCAUUACAUUACCAAAGGGAGUCAAGUAUAUUGGUAAUGAAUGUUUUGCUGAUUGUACCUCUUUGAACACUGUUUUUAUUUCAGAAAAUGUCUUAUCUAUUGGCAGGGAGUGCUUUAAACAAUGUUUAAGUCUUUCUAGCAUUAAAAUUCCAAAUUCAGUCACUUCAAUUAAGAAAAGCUGUUUCUUAGAAUGCAACAAUUUGACAAAAGUGGAACUUUCAAAUAAAAUUAAAACACUUUCAACAGCGUGUUUUAACAAUUGUGUAAGUCUUGUAAAUAUAGAAAUUCCAAAUGGAGUUUCAGAUAUCAAAGACGACUGCUUUAAUAUGUGCAAAAGUCUAACUGAAAUUGAUGUACCAAGUAGUGUUAUUAAUAUUGGACAAACAUGUUUUGCUGGCUGUGAGAAAUUAAUGAAAGUGUCAUUGGCAGUCGGUCUGUAUCAUUUGGGAGCUGGUUGCUUUGUUAAAUGCAAAAAUUUAAGUGUUAUUAAUAUCCCAUCAAGCUUAGAUUCUAUAUCCGAAGGCACCUUUCAUAAGUGCAAAAACUUAAAAAGAGUCGUUGUUCCAAAAUCAGUCAAGGGUUGCGAUUUUGAAUGUUUUGAUAGAGAUACUACAGCUAUUAUUAACAUUUAA